GCGGAAGUGCGGCGUUCCCUAAGGCUGCUGUCUCUGAGCGGGCGGGCGGAGGGGAGGCUCCCGACGUGGGGGCCGGGCCGGAAUGGCUGCAGCGGCGGCCGGGACGGGUACUUGGGCGGCCCAAGAAAAGCAGUUCCCGCCCGCGCUGUUGAGCUUCUUCAUCUACAACCCACGCUUCGGGCCGCGCGAGGGAGAGGAAGAAAAUAAAAUUUUGUUUUAUCAUCCAAAUGAAGUAGAAAAGAAUGAAAAAAUUAGAAAUGUUGGAUUAUGUGAAGCAAUUGUACAGUUUACAAGGACUUUUAGCCCAUCAAAACCUGCAAAAUCUUUACAUACACAGAAGAAUAGACAGUUCUUCAAUGAACCAGAAGAAAAUUUCUGGAUGAUCAUGGUUGUUCGGAAUCCUAUCAUCGAAAAGCAAAGUAAAGAUGGCAAGCCAAUUGUGGAAUACCAAGAGGAGGAACUGUUGGACAAGGUGUACAGUUCAGUGCUGCAGCAGUGCUAUAGCAUGUAUAAGCUUUUUAAUGGGACGUUUCUGAAAGCCAUGGAAGAUGGAGGUGUCAAGCUUCUAAAAGAAAGAUUACAGAAGUUCUUCCAUCGGUAUUUGCAGACCCUACAUUUGCAGUCAUGUGACCUACUUGAUAUUUUUGGUGGAAUCAGCUUCUUCCCAUUGGAUAAAAUGACUUACUUGAAAAUCCAGUCCUUUAUUAACAGAAUGGAAGAAAGCCUAAGUGUAGUCAAAUAUACCGCGUUCCUCUACAACGACCAACUCAUCUGGAGUGGAUUAGAACAAGAUGACAUGAGGAUUUUGUACAAAUAUCUCACCACUUCACUGUUCCCCAGGCACAUGGAACCUGAGUUGGCAGGAAGGGAUUCCCCAAUAAGGGCAGAAAUGCCAGGUAAUCUUCAACACUAUGGAAGAUUUCUUACUGGACCCUUGAACCUUAAUGAUCCAGAAGCAAAAUGCAGAUUCCCCAAAAUUUUUGUAAAUACAGAUGACACUUAUGAAGAGCUCCAUUUAAUUGUUUAUAAGGCCAUGAGUGCAGCUGUGUGCUUUAUGAUUGAUGCCUCCACGCAGCUGACGCUGGAUUUUUGCCGAAGAUUGGACAGCAUCGUUGGGCCCCAGCUUACAGUGCUGGCAUCUGACAUCUGUGAGCAGUUUAAUAUCAACAAGAGAAUAUCUGGGUCUGAAAAAGAACCCCAGUUUAAGUUCAUCUACUUCAACCACAUGAAUUUAGCAGAGAAAAGUACAAUUCACAUGAGGAAAACACCCAGUGUGUCACUCACAUCUGUCCAUCCAGAUCUAAUGAAGAUUCUAGGUGACAUCAACAGUGACUUUACCAGACGAGCUGUGUAUAUGAAACUAUCCCAUCUGAAACUUUCUUACAGAGCGGAUGAAGAUGAAGAAAUCAUUGUGAAAGCCAUGAGCGAUUACUGGGUUGUUGGGAAGAAGUCUGAUCAGCGGGAGCUGUAUGUGAUUCUGAAUCAAAAAAAUGCAAACCUGAUCGAAGUCAAUGAAGAGGUGAAAAAACUCUGCGCCACACAGUUCAAUAAUAUCUUCUUCUUGGAUUGACUCCAAUGGCUCUCCAGAACCUCUUUUAAAACCUCAGCAAACUUUUUGUUUACCAUUACAACUUAACUGGUCAUGACAUUGACUGGAUUAGUGACAAUAGUAAAGCAAUACCUGCUUUGAAAAAAUCAAAUUUCUACUUGGUCUGAUGAGUCCCUGAGGUUUUUAGAUGCUAAAUAUUUAUGUGGAAUUAAAGGUAGUCAGCUUAAUAUCAUUCCAUUCUUCUGACAUUAUGUGGGUAUUUUACUGGGAAAUAAGACUAAUAAAUUGUUAAAGUUUUUAAGAA